UCACGUGUGUACACAGGCCCGCGCGGCGUGCGCGCCUUGAGCCCCGCCGCCUCGGAGCCCGGAGCUGCCCGCCCCGCGGCCCAGCGAGCCGUCAGGAUGGAAACACCCAGGGGAUAGAGGGACGCGGCUCGAGGCCAGGACGUAACUGUCAGCGUUGACCUGGCGUUCCCGCAAGUCAGAGCGCAUGGUAGGUUGAUGGAAGCCAAGCCCGCCAUCAUGUGGAGCUGCGGCCCGCUCAACGGCACGGGCGGCGUGGAGGACCAGCCGCUGUGCCAGCACAUGCAUCUGGUCCUGUCCGUCUUCUCCCUGCUCUACCUGGUGGCCGGCGUCCCCGUCGGCCUGGGCUACAACGCCCUGCUCGUCCUGGUCAACCUGCACGACCAGAGCAGCAUGACCAUGCCUGACGUCUACUUCGUCAACAUGGCCGUGGCGGGCCUGGUGCUCAGCGCCCUGGCGCCCGUGCACCUGCUGGGCCCCACCGCCUCCGGGUGGGCCCUGUGGGGCUUCGGCAGCGAGGCCCACGUCACGCUGCUGGUGCUGUUCAACGUCUCCUCCCUGGUGACCAUGUACUCCACGGCCCUGCUCAGCCUCGACUGCUACAUCGAGCGGGCGCUGCCUCGCACCUACAUGUCCAGCGUCUACAACACGCGACACGUGUGCGGCUUCGUCUGGGGCGGGGCCCUGCUCACCAGCUUCUCCUCCCUGCUCUUCUACGUCUGCAGCCACGUGGCCGCCAGGAUCGUCGAGUGUUCCAAGAUGCGGGACGCGCAGGCCGCGGACGCCAUCAUGGUGUUCAUCGGCUACGUGGUCCCCGCCCUGGCCGUGCUCUACGCGCUCGCGCUCAUCUCGAGGAUCCGGAAGGAGGACACGCCGCUCGACCAGGACGCGGGGAGGCUGGACCCCUCGGUGCACAGGCUCCUGGUGGCCACCGUGUGCACGCAGUUCGGGCUCUGGACGCCUCACUACCUGACCCUCCUGGGGCACACGCUGCUGGCCUUGCGGGGGAGGCCCGUCGACAGGCACCACCUGGGGAUCCUGCUCUUCGCUAAGGACCUGGCGAGAUUCCUGGCCUUCUCCAGCAGUUCUGUGGUGCCGCUCCUUUACCGCUACAUCAACAGAAACUUCCCCGGCAAACUCCGGCGGCUGAUAAAGAAAAUGCACUGCGGGCGCCAGAGCUGCUCCCCGGACCAAGCAGGGGUACAGCAGGUGAUGGCGUAGAGCCGGCGGCUGGGGUCGCGGUCGCGCGCUGAGCGCGGGUCCUGGGGCCGCCACCAGUGCCCCGGGUGGGGUCAUCGGACGGGCAGUCAACGGUGUACUUCCCGGAGGCACGGUCCGGGCCCCCUCCUGGGAGACAGGCGACCGACACUUGACCUGGAUGCACAGCACUUUGUCACUGCCCGCCCUGUCACGCUCUUCCCCGGGACGUCACUGAGGCCGGGACCCAGAACAGCACGAGGCGUGUUCUCUCCAAGUUUUCUGCUUCCAGACAGGCCGCUCUUAGGCCAAGGCCGCGAGGUCCAAGGCGGGAGGGGCCUGGCGUGAAAAACAGCUGCCUGCCCACCUGCUUCGGGCGGACGCGCUGCUCGGUGGUGCGGGGCCACACCCGCAAUAGCGUCCUCAGCCUGGCCGCCUCCACCCUGGGUCUCUGAACGAAGUCAGGAGAAUCCAAAUCCAGUGUUUGUAUUCUGUGCCGGCAAAAUACCCGAUUCUGUCUCUUUACUUGCGCUUAUAAAGAGAUUCGACAGAAGUCACCAAAGCCUGAAAGCAAAGGAAGCAACACGAAGGGCGCUCCCGUUGGACGGACGGACGGGCGGGCUCCUGCUACCGCAGGGUCGUGCCGGGUGGGGUGAGGCGGGGAGAGGCGCGUGCCGUGCCACGCACACGGGCAGCGUGCAAAUGCUUCAGAAGGACAGGGCCGGCAGCGUGGCUGGUCUUAGGCGGAGGGCCCUUAACUGGUACCCCUGCUGCCCUCCCAGGUGGCUUCAGCUAACCGUCUUCAGUAGAAGCCAGCUCCCCAAAGUGUGCACAAAACCCCACGCUAGUAGUAAACCGGAGAGAGGAAAGCACGGUGAGGAUUUCCAGCCUAACACAGAAGCUGGGAGGGACCGCCUGGGAGACACAGGCCUGCAAGGCAGAGCCCGGUCUGGCACCGGGGCAGAGCGUGGGGCCACCACUGCCACCUUGCACCCGACAACAGCCUGCUUCGCCAGACGCGGCGCGUGCCUGGAUCCUUCCGCGCCGCGUCCCGUAAACACCUGCUCUAAAACCGUGGCAGUAGAAGCCCCCUGCUCUCCUCAACGCCAUCCGCUCACCUGCACCCCGACGUCACGACGCACCACAGGCCUGCAGCCCCCUAACUGCACCUCUGAAACCCACAAAGCUCUAAAAACAGGAAGAUUUGUUUGUCAAGUUUGCGGCACAUUCCCUUGGUAGCAAACGUUGAGCUGAAGGGGUAGGAGAGCGCUUUUCUGAGCAAAGAUGAGUGUGAAUGUGACUGCGGGGCACUGGCCCGGCCCCACAGGGCCCCGUAACACGCAGUACACACAGCAUGUUAACCGUGUGCGCGCAAACGCAGAGAACAGGUGGACGUAGGUCGUUUGCCAAAAGCAGCCGGAAGUAUGCACACGCCGUAAGAUCUCAUUCGUACGUCACCCUACGCUUUCCUGCGGGGUUACGGUGACAGGGAGCGGCUGGGGCUGGCAGCUUGGGAACUCCAACCCGCGUUUAGAUACCCAGAAGUGCGAUCGCUGGAUAAGUAGACCCGCUUUUGACUUCUGAGGCACAUCUGUACUGUUUUCACAGUGGCUGCAGCAGUGCGCAUCCCCACCAGCGGUGCACGAGGACCCCUUUCCCGUACUCCCUCGCCAGCGCUCAGUGUCCUCUUGGUGGCGGCACCCUAGCAGGCGUGAGGAGCACCCACUGGGGCUCUGACGCGCUCCUCUGACGAGUGCCGCUGAGCACGUUCUCACAUACGCGUUGGCCGUCUGCGUUCUUUGCAGAAAUGCCUGUUCUCAUCCUUUGUGAUCACGUUUUAUUUUGCUACUGGGUUGUGGGAGUGCUUUACGUAUUUUGGAGAUUAGUCCCUUAUCAGAGAUAUCAACGUACUAACUUUUGAGAACCUGAAAACUUAACUCUGACACAUCUGAGCCGAGGAUGGCAAAGUGUGGCUUUGCGUUUUGCCACAUUCCAUUCAGGGAAAUCGCUCCAUUUGGCCCUGGUCUCUCGGGAGAUUUAGCCCAUGACUUGGUUGCCAUUAUGUUUCUGUCUGCAGAAUAUAUCCCCUCCGGGAUGAUGCGAUGACCGAGUUCAGAGUCUGCCUGUGCAGAAGCAUGAAAAUACACUGGACACCAGGGUCCUGGUCUGACUCGCCCCUGGUAGCUGUGAAAUUCUGGACAGGUGGGGCCUAAUCUACUUCCUGGCCAGUAAAUCAGGGGCAGAAUUAGAGAAGUUUCUGGGUUGCCUCUGUCCGUGAACGUGCUAGUUCUACUGAAGGGCGCAGCGCCCCUCUGCUGCAGGGUUUCCCCCAGUCCUGAAAGUCUCAGACCCGACCCCCUCCGCUCCUCAAGCUGUGGGCUGCACGGCGGGGGGGUCCCGCGGCCCCAGCUCCACUGGGGAACUCUCGUGUUGGCCGAGCGAACGGCGGGUUGCAGAGUGCCCGGCAUUGCAGCCGUGGGGCCUCUGACCUCACACACACCUGCUACCACGGAGUCUCAGUCCUCGUCCUCUCACGGCGGGUGGGCGGGGCUGGGGCCAGGGGCAGUCCCAGGUCCACCACACACGGGCAGGCUCUUGGGUCGGGAAGCCAGCACCGUUCUUAGGGGACACGGGACCCGGCGAGUGGGCUGGUUUGGGGUGGCAGUGCUAUUUCAAAUAAAAAGACCCUUUUCCUCGCUCA